UUAAUUCAUCGCGCGAGCUCUUCUUUCCUUUAAUCUUUGAACCCCCGCAGAUCUGUGGAUUCUUAUUUGGGGCAAAACUUUUCAUAUAAAUAUGAAAUCGAGGCAAGAUACGACAGUUACAGCUAAUCUUCUCAGGCUAAGAAGCCUGUGAAGUACAUAAACUUAUAUUAUGGAUUUCUCUUAUACUUGUUUAUUUUUCUCUCUACUAUCUGUGAUAUUUUGGAAUAGCAUCUACAUAAAAGCAGAUAAAAACUAUCCUAAGUACCCAAAAAAACCUUAUUCAUUUGGAUACAACACGGAUGAUGGCUAUGGUAACUCUCAAAAUCGUUACGAGUCUUCUGAUCCUUACGAUGGAUCUGUAAAAGGAUCAUAUGGUUACUGGAAUGCCGAUGGCGUCUAUCGUACUGUCUAUUAUGUUGCCGAUAACGCAGGGUUUAGAGCGAAAAUUAAAACAAAUGAGCCUGGUACUGCUAAUCAGAAUCCAGCCAGCGUAGAAAUAACAGCAUUGGACCCACCUCCUUACAAGCCUCCUCCGAAAACUUAUCCUGCUUAUCCACCUCCUGCAUAUUCGCCUUCAUAUCCAUCUUAUCCCUCACCUCCUCAGUAUAAGUAUCCAGAACCGACAAAAACUUCUUAUUCUUAUAGUUACCCACCCAGCUACCCUAAAUAUUCUAGUCCUUAUCCCCAACCAAAAUAUCCACCACCAGCUUAUCCUCAAUCAAAAUAUCCACCACCAGCUUAUCCAAAACCAAAGUAUCCAGCGUAUCCUCAGCCGAAGUAUCCAGCUUAUCCUCAGCCAAAGUAUCCAGCAUAUCCUCAACCAAAGUAUCCAUCUUAUCCUCAACCAAAGUAUCCAGCCUAUCCUCAACCAAAGUACCCACCUCCAACCUACCCAGAGCCAAAAUACCCUGCACCAGCGUAUUAUCCACAACCUGAUUACCCUUCACCUCCCCCUUAUUCUCCACCUAAAUAUCCUGCUCCAAAAUAUCCUCAACCUAAGUAUCCUAGCUAUCCACCUCCUGCCCCGAAAUAUCCUUCGCCUCCAAAACCAGAUAAACCUAGCUAUCCUCCACCUCCAAAAUACCCACCCCCUGCUACUUAUCCCGAUCAUCCAAAAAGUUACAACCCAAAAUACCCAGAACCAAGUUAUCCUCCCCCUCCACCAAAAAGCUACAAGCCAAAAUACCCAGAGCCAAGUUAUCCUCCCCCUCCACCAAAAAGCUACAAGCCAAAAUACCCAGAACCAAGUUAUCCUCCCCCUCCACCAAAAAGCUACAAGCCAAAGUACACUCCAAGCUAUCCACCACCUGCACCGAAGUAUCCUGCACCACCAAAGUAUCCCACCUACACUCCUUCACCAGGAUAUAAAUAUCCUUUACCUCCACCAACAGAAGCACCUCCUGCAGAAGAAAAACCUGUUGAUCCACCUAUUGAGGAUCCACCCACAGACGAUGCAGAAACAGUUACUGAAGCCGCCCCAGAAGAGCCCAGUGGCGAACAAGUUACUGAAGUAGAAGGUCCAGAACAACAACAACCAGUUAGGUCUGAACGUCUGCAAAGACAAAGGCCGGCUUUUGGUAAAAGAUUAAGACCCUCCGUGAAUAGAUUUUCAGCUCCAAGUCCUCCACUUGAAAGGUUAGAAGUGGAAUCAGUUGAGAUACCUGAUGAAAUAUGGGAUUUGAGGCAAUAAUUAUGCUAUAUGUUUAGAAAAUCUAGAUUUUAUCACACACUGAGACGUUCAACAUAUCGGAUGUUAUGUUAUUAUGACGGGUUUUGUCAUCAAUAUCUUGAUUUGCAUUAUAUGCAAGUUUUGCACAAAUUUUGUACUGGUCAAGCAUUCGAAAGCUUUUUAAUGCAGAGUUUUAUAAAUAAUGUACUAUAUAUUUCAUGAUUCAUUUUUUAUGGGUGAUAGAUUUAAUCUGUAUCAUUUUCAUCAACUUAACCUCGGUACCAAUUUUUAUAUGUGAUUAUAUUGUAUAUAUUUUUAAAUGUGAAGGGUGUGUAACUUGAUUGGUUGAAUAAAUAUAUUUAUGCAUUGCAACAAAAAA